GCGGUGGGGAUCCGGCUGGAACCGGUUGGGCCGCGUCCGGCUCUAUAUAAAACUUUAUAAACACCCGAUUCAAAUUAGUGGGGUCGCGAGCUACACGAGCGAGCCCAACAAACGGAGCCCCCUUCCCCCCCUUCGUUUUUAUUUUCCGUCCUCCCUUUCUGCGCGGCUUUCCCUCCCAAACAUCCGAGUUUCUCCUUCCUUCCUCCUAGAGACCUUGCCUUUCUCGUUUCAAUCCGAGCCGCCUUCUCGCUCUCCCUCCCUCACGCGCCGCUGACAUGCCCAAGAGAAAGGCUGAAGGGGAUACCAAGGGUGACAAGGCCAAAGCAAAGGAUGAGCCACAGCGGAGAUCAGCAAGGUUAUCUGCUAAACCUGCUCCUCCAAAGCCAGAACCCAAACCUAAAAAGGCAGCUCCAAAGAAAGGUGAAAAGGUACCCAAGGGAAAGAAAGGGAAAGCUGACGCAGGCAAGGAUGGAAAUAACCCUGCAGAAAAUGGAGAUGCCAAAACAGACCAGGCACAGAAAGCUGAAGGUGCUGGGGAUGCCAAGUGAAUUGUGUGAAUUUUUGAUAACUGUGUACUUCUGGUGACUGUACAGUUUGAAAUACUAUUUUUUAUCAAGUUUUAUAACAAUGCAGAAUUUUGUUUUACUUUUUUUUUUAAAGCUAUGUUGUUAGCACACAGAACGCUUUGUUGUUGUGUUUUAGGGGGAGGAGAGGGGACAAAUGUCAUUGACUCUGUUACUUAGAAUCUGGGCUUUUAAAAGUCCCCCUUCAAUUUUGCAAGAGGGAAUCUUCAUGGGCACAAAGAAAGAGGAUUUCCUGAUGCCGUCAAUGUGUAUUGGUUUUUGAAAUGCUUGAGACAACACUGAAACUCCUAAAAUACCUGUUUUGAGAAAUAACAUUAAAACUGUACUUCCCAUUUUUAUUCUUUCAGUGUCAUAUUACCUUGCAUUUAUCACUUCUCUGAGUAUCAUGUGUCGUUUGAUACUUGCUAUCAUAAAUCAAAUGCAUUCAAAUCAAAUGCAUUCUUACAGUAUCAGGCAAUCCAGACUUCUGGUGUCAAAUACUGAGGGAGGGAGGAUGGCUUAUAAGGGAGCCACAUUUCCUUCUAUAGUGUGAAUCUUCAGAUUAAAAAUUCUGCAGUUUUUGUUUUUCUCUUAAAGUCAGGGUAGGUUUGUGAAAAGUUGUUAAACAACAUACUAAAUGUGAAAGUGUCCACCCUCACUCUAAACUUUCCCUGUUCCAAGUAUGAAUUGGAUUUUAUAUAGUAACUUUACAUUUUGGUAGUCCAAGGAAAAGGGGAGUUGGAACUUGUUGUAAAACAUUGCGAAUUGUAGCCCAUGUCCUGCCUGAAUACCAUUGAUUGAUCGUUUUAUGAAAAGUACCUUUAAUAAAGCUGGAUAUUGUUUGGCUUUGA